ACUUAGCUAAUAACCGAGUAUAGGAUUUUUCCGCCGUUCAAAAUUAAGAACGAGAAGCUAACUGGGUAAUGUGACGGAAGUGGACAAUAGCGGCAGAAUGGGACACCCCUCGUGUCGAGUCCACAGUGGUAUCGUCCCGAUUGUUUACGUGUGUUAAACCAGCAUCAGAUUCUCUGCAAUUGUUCUUUACUAGGAGCCGAUUUAAAACUGGGCAGGCGCAAUGGGCUCCCUGGGCAGUCGGUUGCGUUCGCCCCCUCGGAGUCCUCAGGGGACAGCGGACAGCUCCUGUGGGGCCCCGGGACACGGGUGCAAGUGCAGGAAGAGAAAGCGCAGCUCGGAGUGCCAGUGUGACAGCGAGACAGAGGAGGAGGACAGCCUGCUGAACACGCCACGCAGAAAGAAGUUGAAAAGUACCUCCAAGUACAUCUAUCAGACCCUCUUCCUCAACGGGGAGAACAGCGACAUCCGUAUCUGUGCUCUGGGUCAGGAGUGGAAUCUGCACAAGGUUUACUUAUGCCAGUCUGGGUAUUUCUCAAGCAUGUUCAGUGGCUCAUGGAAGGAAUCCAGCAUGACAAGCAUUGAGGUGGAAAUUCCAGACCAGAACAUCGACACAGAAGCUCUGCAGGUGGCGUUUGGGUCUUUGUACCGGGAUGACGUUCUGAUCAAACCCAGCAGAGUUGUCAGCAUCCUGGCUGCUGCCUGCAUGCUCCAGCUGGAUGGGUUGAUCCAGCAGUGUGGGGAGACCAUGAAGGAAACUAUCAGUGUUAAGACUGUCUGCAAUUACCAUGCCUCAGCUACCUUGUAUGGACUGGACUCUGUCACGAAAAAGUGCCAGGAGUGGCUUCUUAAUAACCUGAUGACACACCAGAAUGUGGACCUCAUGAAGGAGCUGAGUGUGAUGGUGAUGGAGCAGCUGGUGCAGUCCUCUGAUCUCCUUGUUAUGCAAGUGGAGAUGGAUGUCUACACAGCACUGAAGAAGUGGAUGUUCCUUCAGCUCAACCCGUCCUGGGACGGUCCUAUCAAACAGCUUCUAGCUGAUGCAGAUGCUUGGAUCUGCAAGCGCCGAAGCGAGCUCGGGGAGGAGCAGGCCUUCCUGAACACAGAGCAGGGGGUCCCUUUCAUACCUGUUUUCAGGCACGUGCGGUUGCAGUACAUAGUAAAUGACCUGGCCUCUGCUCGCAUUCUGGAGCGGGACAAUAUCGUGCCCCCUGAGUGGCUCUCUGCUGUGUAUAAACUCCAGUGGUUUGCCAUGCUGAGGACAGAGCAUGACAAUGACAUUGGGCCACAGGACGCCAACAAGGAGGAGUUUGAAUUGAACAGUAUGAGGUGCGGCAGGAAACUGGCCAAAGAUGGAGAUUACUGCUGGCGGUGGACAGGCUUCAACUUUGGUUUCGACCUGCUGGUGACCUACACCAACCGUUUUAUUGUCUUCAAAAGAAAUACUCUGAGCCAGCCAUGCGGGGGUGCUGUGAGCUUACAGCCUCGGCGGCACAUAGCCUACCGGUUACGUCUGGCUUCCUUUGACUCCAGUGGAAAACUGGUCUGCAGUCGCUCUACUGGGUAUCAACUGCUCACACUUGAGAAAGACCAGGAGUACGUGGUGAUGAACCUGGACAGUCGCCUGCUGACCUUCCCUCUCUAUGUGUGCUGCAACUUCCUUUAUACCUCCCCUCCCUCGGACCGACAGAGCAGUACCCCGGAGCCAGAGAGCAGUGCCCGAAGCAUGUCCUGACCCUACAUCCACCAGCAUUGCCCCUUCCGUGAACCUCAUGUGGCACCUCCUCCAUCUAGCACCCAGUGUUCACACUUUCAGGUAUACAUUUACAAGGGACUAAAACCAGCAAACCUCUAUGAAAAUGAAGAGGUGCUGAACCUGGCAGCUGUGUGUGGGUCACUCCACAUUCUAACCAAGCUUUACAUUACUUGGAAAUAUUUCCUGAAAGUUUUUUAUAUUUUGUAUUACUUUUUAUAAAAUUUUUUUUGAUGUUAAAGCCAUUAUACUGUAAUUUAAUAUGUAUUAACUGUGGCUCUUCAUUAGUGUGCAGCUAAGAGUGAAGAUUUAUUGUACAUUUGUUACUUUUAGUUUUGUCUGCACAGCAAUGUUUGCAUUGAUGUAAAGUAUGUACAUUUCAGACUACCCUCACUGCUCAGUUUUCUUUUUUCUAAAAUCUGAAUCAGAUAAAUAUCAAUGUUUAUACUUUCUUUUUUGUGGCUGCCAUUGGUGAUGCAGCAGCAUAGUUUUCAAGAGCAGAAUAUGGUGUGGUCUUAAAUCCUGGUUGGACCAAAUCAGCAUAAGGGAAGUGACUAGGUGAUGGUGUAAUGACCAGACAGAAUACUUACCAUUUUGUGUGUUUUAGGAAAUCUGCUGUCUUGCAUCAGAAUUGUAUGUCUAUUUCACAGACAUUAUAUUGG